GGGGCAGUGUGUUGUGGUGAGUGUAGUGAGCGGGCACCAGAUCAGUUUGAACACAUGAGAGAACCAGGGAGUAAUAAGGGGGGUGCGAGGCAAUCGAUGCAUUUAUAUUGUAUUUCGGCGAACAACAUCUAAAGAAAGCAGAAGGGACGACGGAUUUUUUUUGUCCUUCAUUCGGAACAGUAAUUAUGGUUCGCCACAAACAUAUUUUAACGGGUUCACGGAUGUUAUAUUGAUAGUCCGACUUCUGGGACGGAAUCUCUCUAACGUGAUGGAUACUAAUGCGUUUGCUUUACUCAAACUUUUUGCACUUGGGAUUUUGGUAAACGCCUGGAUGACGGGGGCCUUAACAAAGGGGGAUACGUUCAACCUGGUGCCCACCCCCCCCCCCCCUGCCCAAAAUGGCACUCUGCAAUGAGACCCAUCUGCUGAGUCAGACGGAGAUCUGCGGGGAGCGCUUCAAACAGGACAUGGGGCACAUCGCUCCCAAGAACCUCUGCAACCUCACGCACUUCAUCAGGCAGUACCACGAGUUCACCCAAUGCACGGAGAAGGGGGCUGUGCGAAUCCACUGCUACUGGCCCAACCCCUUGGUGGAGGGCUACAUCAUCCGCAUCCACAAGCACUUCUUCUCCAACUGCAGCCUCGACCGGGUGGUGUGGCUGGACCCGCCCGAAGAGAAGCUGCUGGCGCUCAUCCUGGUGCCCGUCUUCCUCACGCUGGCCAUGAUCGCCCUGGUGGUCUGGUGCAGCAAACGCAGCGACCUGCUGGGCUAGCCCGAGGGGGCUGGGCCUUAGGGUUGGAUGGAUGGAUGGAUGGAUGGGAGGGGAUGGAGGGGAAGGUCCAAAGGCCAGGUCGGGUCUCUAUGCCUCUUGCUCAGUCCACAAGCACACACCACGCAGCCUCCCGACUGGACCGGGAAACGGGAAACGGGAAAUUUUUUCUUUUCUUUUUGUGGACUCAAAUGGUAGCACAUUGGAUUCUGGUGAGUCUCUGUAGUGAACUGAAGCCCCAGUGAUUCCCCUCUGAACGCUUUCCCGAUAAGAGACUGGAUGAUUAGGCAUCAGAGGCGAGUCACGGACGGGGGAGGAACGCUACUGCGUGCAGCUCAUGCACUCAUUAAUCACGGAACAUUAUUUGUGACCCUUCUGGAAGGUCGACCAAAGAGGAAUUAAACAUAAGAGAGACGGAGGUCUUGAUCUUCAUGACUGCAAUCCUAGUAGCGCAUUACUUUUCCAGAGGGUUCAUUCAUUUUUCUAGUGUUGUGCUUUUAACUUAUCAUUGCGAGUUUGCAAGUGGAUUCAUCCACUUGGAUUUUACAUGUGUCUUUAAUCCAAAGAGACUGAAAGUAGGCAAAGGUCACAUCGAGAUAUUUCUGGAUAAUUGGACACCUCCAUGGGGAUAACUGUUGCAGGCAGGACAUGAAUAACCAUCACAACUCAUCUGACACAUGGAAUAAAACCUUCUUCUUUGCCCAAGGUGAUACUCAUUGACAAAAGGAUCAAAUCUGCAGAGAAAGAAGGGUUAAAAUCGAAUCUCUUACUACAUGUACAGUUACCUUCAACUUUAUCUUCUUCUUUAUGAGCGCAUUCUACUGUAUCUCUCCUGUCCAGUGCAUAAUAUAUUCUGUAAUAUCCUCUUAACUAUGAUUGGAACUGCUAUUUUCACAAUUUGCAAGGAAAUCGCAUCCUUCAGCACUAAUAAUUACAAUGUUUCAAUGUUACAAGGUUUCGUCCAGCAUUCAAGUCAUUUACAAAGAAAGUUAUUGUCAGGAAUUAUUAUUAUUAUUAUUAUUAUUAUUAUUCAUACUACUUAUUUACAUGUGAUCCCCUGUCCAACCAUUGUCAUUGAAUGUGCGACUGAGCACAAAAAAGAGCUGAUUCAAUCUUCAGUCAAUUAAACAAAUCAUUGACCUCAUGAAAAUGAGAGAAACAUCUAUUCUUUGCAAACUCCAGAGGUGUAUUGACACCAACCUCGGAACUUGUAAAAAAUGCUAAUAAAUGAAACACACUUUUGCCAAUUCUCAAAAAAAAAUUAUUGGAUGCAAGUGCAUGCUUUCCUUUCUCGGAAAAAUCCUUACACCGCAUUCAUUCAUUUCUAUACAAUUCCGUAAAUUGCUAUAAAAUAUGUACAUGAAUGUGCCGUUUGUACAAUUGAAAGACGACUACUUCAAAUUCAGAAAUAAAGGCAUGCAAAUGUUGUCAUUUUCA